UUCACUAGCAAUAACAUCGAAACCGUAUCAAUAACAAAAUCGUUUAAAUUUCUCAGAAUGAUUUGGUAUUGUCCAACUUUUGCUGGGCCGCUCUUCCUCCUAUACUUUGGGUUAUCGUCUCAGCGCGCAAAUGGUGUAUUCUCUGCAAACUUUUGCCAAUUGAAUUGCGGCACACGCGUACAUACGCUCUGUGAAAAGCAGGAAAGUCAUAACUGCAACUACAAAUCCCAUAAGGUCUAUGGCGACAGAGAAUUAGGAAACAUGGGCUUACGAGAUCAACUCAUUCUCGCCCAUAAUGGCUUACGUGAACGCAUUGCUACGCGCAUGCAUGUCACCAACAUGGUGGUGAUCAAUUGGAGCAAACAAUUAUCACGAAUGGCGGAAAAUUGGGCGAAAUUCUGUCAGCCGUACGAGGAUGACGAAUGUGCUCAUACGACGAUGCCAAUGACUGUGGAGCGUUUGCUCAAUAUAACGAAACAAAAUCAACUGGAACCGUAUAUCGCAAUGAAUCGAUUUUGUGUCAAAGCCCUUUAUUUACCUUUUGAGAUAAUUCAAAUGGCUCUUCAUUUGUGGUAUUUCGAAAAGGACUACAUGAAAGCACCCCACCCGGAAGCCUAUGAAAGUUUAAAGUUGGCUUUCCUUAGCGGCGAAAAUAAUUUUACACAUUUGGCAUAUCCUCUGACUACUCGAAUUGGAUGCAGUGUUGCCAACAUUUCGCCUUUCUCUCUUAGAUAUGACCACAUUUUCUGCAUUUUUUGCUUCUAUGAACCCUACUAUAGACAUACCGAUGGAGUUGUGUUUCAAUACGGCCAACCAUCCACACAUUGUCCUCCAGAAUAUCCUCUGAAAGACCUCAUCUUUCCGUCGAUGUGUUCACGUAAUCUCUAUCUUGAUGCGGAUGAAGAGAGUUGUGCUGCAGGCCGAAUUAAAGCCUCUGCUGGGUUUUCAACUACAUACUAUUGUACUGCAAUUUUUGUUCUAAUAAUUAAAUACAAUUAAAUG